GUGGAAUUUUCUAGAAUACAUUCGCUUUGCGCAGAACGAAACUACUUCCUCGUCGGUAGAGACAUUUUAAGUACAGCUUAUACAUCCCAACAGUCAAACAAAGUUCAGUUGCAAGAUAGUGAUAUUUACUUAAGAUGAGUUCCAUCGACACAUCGGCUGAUUUAACGGCGCUGUUUCGUCAAAUGACGGAUGAACUGCCAGAAGAACGCAUGCAAGGAAAUAUAGGCAAGAUGAUGAAAGAAAUUGAAAGCCGAAUGAAGAGUGAACCAAGAUUUUUCUUUUACCAGCCCCUAGAAGAUUUUGACAAGCUGAUAACUCUCGACAAGUACAUGUGGAACUUUAAGAGAAAUCUGGGCGACAUAGCGUGGGCAGACAGCACUGAAGCGAUGCUGCCCAGAGCUCGUGUUUACGUCGAGAGUAGCCACAAAAAGAUGUCAGAGCUUUCUGAGGAAAUCAAACACGACAAAAUGACCAAGGAACCGAUCACGGCUUCAGAGAAAAGUUUUCAUCAACAGGAACGUGAAAAGAUGAUCCCAAAAACACUGACAGGGAUGGCAACUUUGAUGGUUUUUCAAUGUGCAGAGAUGUACUUGGCGUGGAAUAAGGUUUCCGCAGCAAUUAAUGUUAAAGAAGAUCCCAACGAAUUCACCAAAAUCAACCAAGAAGUGGAGAAGAUUGCAGGGAAAGUUACUGAGUUCUGCAAUGUUCAGUGGCAAAGAAGUCAGAACAUCAGAAGUGUUUUCCGAAAACUACGAAGGAUUAACAACCUUUAUCGGUCGACCAUGAGUAAGAUAAGCCGUCUGAAAGUUGAAAUGAAGGGCGAGAUACAGUGCCUUGGUCUUCAAAGGAAUCAGUCAUGGCAGGAGGGCAUGGCCAACCUCCACAGCUCCGCAACCCAGGCACAGCAACUCUCGAAAGAUUGGUCAGACCUGCAUCCACUGAUAAAAGCUUUCCAAGUUGGUUAUGCAGUUUUCCACGUUGCGCUUGCAUAUAAAGAGUAUCAAAGAUAUCGGCUUUCUGAAGAUGCCUUGGAAGGUCUACGAAACAAGUUACUCGAGGUAAACUGCCUACAAGAUAAGCUGCAGGAUCUUCUUGACAAGGCUGAAGAAGUGUACGAGGAGAUGGAGGAUGAAAUGCCGUAGUUUCGACGGAUUUAGUCAUUACAGAAGAAACCCAAAAGCGAAAAAUCGUCUUAAGGAAGGCCAAAAUUACACAAUUUCUCUUGAGCAUUAAAUUGUAGAUUCCCCCACAACUCUAGCUGUUAGGCGUAGCCCGAUUUUGAAAGGAUCGGCUGCUGUCUAGUAUUUGUAGAAAAUUAGAAAUAAGCUUUGCGCUUUAGUGGUAUUAACAUGAUGGAUCGAGUUCAUGGCAGCUCUACCGCUCAAGAAAUGCUUUCGGCUACACACUUCGACGAUAGAAGGUGUUUUUAGCUGAAUUGAAAGUGAUUUGGAUCACCCGCUUCAAAAAGAGAUUAAGCGGAAGAUCGACCGAGGUAAGAGAACAUUGAGUUUAUGCUGUCAUGAAGCCGUCGCUUUUAAGCUUCGCUUCCUUCACUUCCGCAACGCAUUUGUUCUUGCCUGUCUCGCGAGCGGAAAUAAUGAGGUUUUUGUUAUCCCAUAACUUUUUCUCGAAAAUUUUCGAUAUUCCAUUAUUCCACCCCCAAAACCAGGCAUUAUUCUAGUAUUCCUACUCGAAAAUUUCUAAAACUUCAACGAUUCCCUGAUUCUUCGAAUUGUGUGCAUGCUUUUCAGUUCGGCUUUUUAACCUUACCUGUUGUCAUGUAUAAACCUGUCUUCGAAUCAAAUAUGCUUUAUAAUAUGCCUCCAGCGCUCGAAGAAUUACGAUGGUUUUGUUGAGGAGUUUCGAGGGCAGAUGUGUUUUCCAGUGGAACUGAUAGCGAUUUGGCUUACCAACUUCAACGUAACAGCGAAAAUUCGAGAAUAAAGGGAACAUUUAUUUUCUUGACAUGCACUCUGCCAAGAGGGUCGCUAUCGCCACGCAUGUUCUUCAAACUGCGAUAGAAUGCUUUUUUUGCACUCGUUGAGAACAUCUAAGUUAGAAUUUAUGUUCGGGUGAGUGCUAGAUACUCGCUUGAUAUUUUGAUGAAACAACGCUAAAACAGGGCCUUAAAAACAUGGUUUCUGUUAUGUAAUGUCUACGAUGGCGUGGCUGCGUUCAGACAUGCAUGCAUUGUGGUUCAAUUUUAUCCUUGGUUUAAAUUUUAUUUUCCUUUCUUUCAAACUCAUUACCAUAACAAGAGGUAAGAUAUAGAUUUAGACGAGCGUAAAAUCAAAGCUCCUUACAAACACUAACCACUCGCUGAAAACAAUAAACGUUAAAAUAAUAUAGCCACAGCGAACAUCUAAAACAUUGCUGUUAUAAAACGUAAUUAAGGAGCGCUUCGUUAACCCGCAUCCCUUGACUAAACGAAAUUGUACCUUUAAGCUGAUUCGGUUCUUAAGUUUUUGUCCUCGCUCAUAAGAUGCUGUACAAAUUGUGCAACAUCGUAAAAGAAGCAAGUUAAAUGGCACUCAGUCUGUUGACGCAUUAAGUGAGUUAGUGAUCUGUGUUGAUAGUUGUUUUAGAAACAUAGCUUUGCCAAAAUCCGAAUACGAUGUUGCAAGUAAGAAAGAAAAAGAUGUAGGUUAUUUCAUUUAGCAUAUUUCCUUAAACAUGCGAACGAAUAUAGUUUAGAUCAGUAAACACAAGUAAAAGUGAUGGGUAUAUAUCGGAAACGUUUUCCACACAAUUUUUUAUACACUUAAUUAAAGUAAAUCGAGGUUGUGUUGCUAACCAACCCGAACAUAGCUAAUCGAGUAACGGAGGAGUCGGAAGCAAACUGCACGAUAAAAACGAAAAUAUAGUUCUAUUUUAACAGUUAUCUCUGUUUCAAAUAUGAGUACACAAAUAAUAAAUAAUAACUCUUCAGUACCAUAUAAGAAGAAUCUGAAGCAAAUGUAUGGUUUACAAAAUGUAGUGGUGAAAUAUUAGUUACAGUGAUAUUGGUUAGUUGACGU